GAUCUCCAGCUCCGGUCUGGAGGGACUGAGCGCCGGCCAGACGGACCGGUCCGAGCGCCAGCCAGCUGUCUUUGUCUGUUAUUACAGCAGUGAGGUCAGCCAUCAACCCUCCUGCAUCUCAUGCCUCCAAAAGCCACCAGUGAUCCACAUCCCAGCCAACCUUUUCCAAAUUAAGUGUUGGAUUUACUCACAGUUACAAAUAGUUUUGCGAGGACAAACGAUUGGAUGUUUCCAUGUGGCUGAUUAUUGGGAGGCGAGACCCAGAAGUGAGUUGGAAUAAUUAGAUUAUCCACGACAUUCCCAGAGGAUUUCCCUUUAUAAAGCCGCAUCUUCAGCAGUUAUUUGCUCAUCUCAUCGCCGCCAUCCGUUUCCGUCCAGAGUCACCAUGUCUUUUCCAGAAGAACAUGGAGGCCAUCAGGAGGAUGAUGAAGAGGAGCAGGGAGAGGGAGAAGAACGCCCCCGAUACAAGCCAUUGGUCACACAACUCGCAGCGCCAAAAAUCCCAGAAGGAGAGAGGGUUGACUUUGACGAUAUCCACAGGAAGAGGAUGGAGAAGGAUCUGCUGGAGCUGCAAACUCUGAUUGAUGUUCACUUUGAGCAGAGGAAGAAGGAGGAAGAGGAGCUGGUUGGACUCAAAGACAGAAUUGAGAGAAGGAGAGCAGAGAGAGCUGAGCAGCAGCGUGUGAGGGCUGAAAAAGAGCGAGACAGACAGACACGGAUUGCAGAAGAACGACAGAGGAAAGAGGAUGAGGAGGCGAAGAAGAGAGCGGACGAUGAGGCCAAGAAGAAGAAAGUGCUCUCCAACAUGGGCGCUCAUUUUGGAGGAUUCCUUGCAAAGGAAGAACAAAGAAGAGGCAAGAGACAAACGGCAAGAGAGAUCAAGAAAAAGACUCUGGCAGAGAGACGGAAGCCGCUGAGUAUUGAGAGCCUGGAGGAGGACGGCCUCAGAGAGAGAGCCAAGGAGAUGUGGGAAUGGAUCUAUCAGCUGGAAUCAGAGAAGUUUGACCUCACUGAGAAGAUGAAGAAGCAGAAAUAUGAAAUCAACGUCCUUCUGAACAGAAUCCAACAUGCUCAGAAAUUUAAGAAAAACCAUGGGAAGGGGAAGGUUGGAGGCCGAUGGAAGUGAGGUUUCCCACAUUUGCACAGUGGAAAAUAAGGAGAAGAUUUUUUCCCAGCUUGAGAUUUAGCUGUAGUAAUUUUCUUGUGUUCAGCUCUUCCAGUUUAAUUGCCCAUUUAGUUAAUAAAACACAUGCUUCAAUUAAA